AUGUCGGACGACGAUGAUUUCAUGCAGGACUCAGGCGACGAGGAUUACGACUUUGAAUACGAAGAUGACGAAGACGAUGAAUCCGGUGAUAUUGGGAUCGAGAACAAAUACUAUAAUGCGAAGCAAAUGAAGGUGGAUAAUCCGGAGGAGGCGAUCGAUGAAUUCUUGGGCCUGCCUCCGAUGGAACAAGACAAAAGCGAAUGGGGCUUUAAAGGCUUGAAACAGGCGAUCAAGUUGGAAUUUAAGCUCGGACGAUACGAUGAUGCUGUCGAACACUAUCGAGAACUCCUCACAUACGUCAAGUCCGCCGUGACGCGCAACUAUUCCGAAAAAUCCAUUAAUAACAUGCUCGACUACAUCGAGAAGGGAUCCGAUGAUGUCCAAGCCUACCAGUGCAUGGAACAAUUCUAUUCCCUUACCCUUGCCUCCUUUCAAAACACCAAUAACGAACGACUCUGGCUAAAAACGAAUAUUAAACUGGCCCGGCUAUGGCUGGAACGAAAAGAAUACGGCCAACUGGGAAAGAAGGUCAAGGAACUGCAUCGGGCUUGUCAGCGGGAGGAUGGUUCGGACGAUACCAGCAAGGGAACCUACUUGCUGGAGCUCUACGCCCUCGAGAUCCAAAUGUACGCCGAGAUGAAGAACAACAAGCGUCUCAAGGCGCUCUACCAACGCGCGUUGCGCGUCCGAUCGGCCGUCCCACACCCCAAGAUCAUGGGCAUCAUCCGAGAAUGCGGUGGUAAGAUGCAUAUGAGCGAAGAGAACUGGGAGGAGGCACAGAGUGACUUCUUCGAAUCAUUCCGAAAUUACGAUGAAGCCGGUUCAAUGCAGCGCAUCCAGGUCCUCAAGUAUCUCGUCCUCACCACCAUGCUCAUGAAGUCCGACAUCAACCCGUUCGACUCGCAAGAGACCAAGCCUUACAAGAACGACCCCCGCAUCUCCGCCAUGACUGACCUGGUGGAUUCCUUCCAGCGAGACGAUAUCCACGCCUACGAAGCCGUGCUGAGCAAGCACCCCGACGUGCUGGCGGAUCCCUUCAUCGCUGAGAACAUCGACGAAGUUAGCCGGAACAUGCGGACCAAGGCUAUAUUGAAGCUGAUCGCUCCAUACACCCGAUUCUCACUCCAAUUCAUCUCCAAGCACAUUAAGAUAUCCGUCCACGAGGUCCUGGAAAUCCUGAGUUUCCUAAUCCUCGAUAAAAAACUCAGCGCCAAAAUUGACCAGGAGACAGGUAUCGUUGUGGUGGAGAGUGCUAGUGACCUUGAGCGCCUGCGCGCCCUGGAGGAGUGGAGCUCCUCUCUCAAGGGCCUCUGGCAGACCGCUUUCAACGGCGAAGGUUUCCGCCCUGACGACAAUGGUCACGGCAGUGGAGGCGCUCUGUUUGCUCCGGGCUUCGGGGACGAGUCUCCUAUGGGUCUCCGAUCCCUUGCCCCCCGCGCGCGCAAGGACACCCGUGGCAAACAAUUCGGAGGCAAGCUGGCCGGCGAAUUGUAG